CACGUAUAAUGAGAUGAGAAUAGGAGAAUUAUAAUGCAAGUUGAGUUGCCGACGUGUAAAUAGUGAUUAGAUGGGCCCCUCAAAUAAAAUCUUCAAGACGUGGCAAAAUUAUGUUAUGGUUUAAACUUUAAACAUAACAUAAUUGGCGUCUGUCGUUUUUUAAUUUUCCCACAAAAGAGAUGGAAGGGGACACAUAAUCAAAGUACAACUGCCAAACACUUUCUUAGCUCAACAUCUUCUUCCACGUGGCACCUAUUUUGAAAACCUGCCAAACUGAGCUAACACUCGGAGGCUGGCCAUUGGUUAUUACUUUCUAGGCUUCUCUACUCCAAACUCUAAAAGUCUAAAACCAGACGGUCAAAUGGUUGGUUUGUUUGUGUUGUCCACUCCUUAGUUGUCUCCUUAGCAUUAUAACUUGGAAGCUUCGCUUCUUUGUUUACUUGUUUUUCUUUCUCCUUAUCCUUUUCAUCGUUUCCAGUGUCUCUACUAACUAUUUGGUGAGCAAGAGGCUGAAGAGAAGAGGGUUAAUAAUGAUGGGAAAGAAGACUUAUUUGGCAAUGAAGACUGAGCAAGAAGCAAGUGAUCUGAUCAGUUCUGAUUUCAAAGAGCUAGUCUUUGCUGCUAAAAAGCUUGCUAAUCAUGCCAUCAAGUUGGGUUCUUUGGGACUUGGGACUUCAUUUCUUGAAUGGAUCGCUUCCUUUGCUGCAAUUUAUUUAUUGAUCUUGGACCGAACAAAUUGGAAAACAAAUAUUCUUACAGCACUAUUAAUCCCAUAUAUCUUCUUGAGUCUUCCUUCCAUAUUGUUCAGCAUCUUCAGUGGAGAGGUCGGAAAAUGGAUUGCUUUUGUUGCAGUUGUUUUGCGCUUGUUCUUCCCUAGACGUUUCCCAGAUUGGCUGGAACUGCCCGCUGCUUUGAUUCUUAUAAUAGUGGUGGCUCCUAGCUUAUUCUCAAGCACUAUAAGAAGCAGCUGGGUUGGUGAGGUAAUAUGCCUUGCCAUUGCUUGUUACCUACUUCAGGAACACAUCAGGGCAUCAGGUGGGUUUCGGAAUUCUUUCACAAAAGCGCAUGGGAUAUCCAACACAAUUGGCAUAAUUCUUCUGCUAGUCUACCCUGCUUGGGCUUUGGCAAUAGACAUCCUGUAGGUUCAAGAUCAGCAGUUCGUGGAUUGUGUUUUCCUGUAACCAUUAAUUUGUUGAGACAUACAAAUUCAUUGUCAUUAUUGUGCCAUAAGACAUGGUUUUGCUUUGCUCUUUGCUUUGUGCAUUUGUAAGAAUUCCUCAUUUGAAGGACUUAUAGUAAUAUUUUAUUAUUGUUGUAGAAAAAUGUAGUAAAAGUUAUGGGAAACUAUGAAUAAUCCAAGACAGAGAACCUUGAGAAACUCAUGUUCAGCAGGGGCAAUAUGCCAUGCAUGAUGCUUAGAUAUUGUGGCCCAAACAACAUGGAAAUGAUGCAUUUGGGCCUAGUUCUUGCAGCGAGGCCCAUUUAAUGGUGAAAGGCGGUAAAAAAGAAGCCUAGUUUUGCGCCGGUGGUCAAGGGCGCGCAGUCUUCGACGGUCAUAUUUUUUGGCCUUUAAAAGAAAGCGAGGGUUUCUGUUCCCGCUUAGAUUAGAUUUCCUUUUUCCUCUCACUUUUCUGUUCUUUUCUUUUCUUCUUUUUAUAAAAUCCAGUUUUUGUUUCUCUGCUGCGAUUUCGAGGAUGUUAUUGUAAUUGGUCCUCUUAUUGUGAAAUAUUUUACUAUGCAUA